UGUGUCAGUGCUAUGCUGCAGUGACAAAGAGAGUGACUGUGUGAUUGUGCAUGUAGGGGUGGGGAAGACAGAGAGAGGGAGAGAGAUACUGAAAAGAGAUACAGAGCGUGCACGAGGCAGGAGGUGCUCCCUCUAAUCCCAGUUGAGACGCCAGACAGCACUGCACCGGCUGCAACAAUAGACUUAAUGGAGGCUCAGGCAGACUCUAGCGUUGCAGAGCCACUAAAAGAGUUUCAGAAGCUUCUUAAGUCCUCCAGCUCUGCCAGUCUCACAAGUGAGGCGUCCCACAAUGCUUCAGGAGAACAACAUUUUGGUACUCCAGCACAUCACGGCAGUCAGGUGCUGAUCACAGAGAAACGGCAGCCUCUAAGCAGCGUGUCCUCACUGGAGGUUCACUUUGAUCUCCUGGACCUGACGGAGCUUACAGACAUGUCUGAUCAAGAACUGGGAGAAGUGUUUGCUGACUCUGAUGAUGAGAAUCACACAGAAUCUCCAGCGAUUCACCCCACAGAUCGCCAGCAGCCCCCAUUACCCCGAUUUCCACACAGCGGGUACGUCCGAUCGCCCUCCUGGACUCGUGGCGGAAAGGGGGAACAGCAGCCAAGAGACCGAAAACACCACAGCGACUCGGAAAACACAGAGCCUGUGCUGAAAAUAGAGCGCUCUCAAUCCCAGCAGCCUUGAGACAGCCCAGCCGCUUCAGGGGCUCAGGGAGAAAACAAAGCCCUUACAUGGGGAACAGAGGUUCCUCCUCAAGCAAAGAAAUGAGGAACCACUGGGGUCAAAAGACACUGUGAUCCCACCUAAAGAUAAAGAAAUCCCUUUGCCCGUUUUGAAGGGUAAGGAGAAAGCUCCAAAGCUGGGGUAAGUGUAGACUUUUCCCCAAGACCGGGUUCUUGGGAGACCUCCCUGUGACUUGGUCACAUCUAACUACUGACUUGUGUGACUACUGCAUAUGGAGACCUUGAAGCAUGAUGUAGCAUUAUGUGACUAAAGUAAUCGGAGAGAAAUGUGAAUCUGAAAAGCAACUGAGGACUUUCACAUGGACCCGCAUGGAUCAAGAACAGUGCAAUGUGUCAAAGCAGAAUGCUUCAGUUGAGAUAGGACACAUUCAGAGCGGCUACAGCAUGGUUCAAGACAUGCUUGUUGCAGUGGUUUGACAAAGAGGCUACAAGAAUGACCAACAAAAGUGUCCUUUCAGAGAUUCUGCAUGAAAAUUGGAUGACAAAGUUCAUGUCUUAAGCCAGGAACAUACUCUACACAUCUACAGUACAUGAAGGCAAAUGUGUCCAUUUCACUGCAUUCAAAAAUCAACUAUUGGCUGCAUUCUCAGCAUUACCACUUGGGGAGUUAUAUUGGGCAUCAAAUCGUCAACAUUUUGUUUUCUCUUUCAGGUCAAAUACUUUCAUGAUGGAGCAACAGUUUGAAACGAAUCAUGCUGAGCAAGUUACUUAACUGUCUGUUGCUACUGUAGAUGUCUAACACAUUUUGCAGAAAUUUGUUAUUAAGCAAGUACAUCAAAAUCUGUGUUCAACUCCGUCUCCUUACCGCGAUUCACAAUGGUAAGCUUAAAGGAAAACACGACUGUUUUUCAAUAUUUUACUAUGUUCUUACCGCAACUUAGAUUAAUUAAUUUAUACCUAUCUUUUUUCAAUGCGUGCACUUUUAAUCUUUGUACAGCGCCACGUGAAUGUGUUAGCAUUUAGCCUAGCCCCAUUCAUUCCUAUGGCUCCAAACAGGGAUGAAUUUAGAAGCCACCAAACGCUUCCAUGUUUUCCCUAUUUAAAAACUGUUACAUGAGUAGUUAAAUGAGUAAGUAUGGUGACACAAAAUAAAACUUUUGUUUGGAGCCAUAGGAAUGAAUAGGGCUAGGCUAAAUGCCAACACCUUCAAGAA